GUGUGUGUGUGUGUGUGUGUGUGUGUGUGUGUGUGUGUGUGUGUGUGUGUGUGUGUGUGUGUGUGUGUGUGUGUGUGUAAACAUGAGUGUUGUGCUGCUCUCGUUGGUGAAGCAGAGACUCUCUGCAGCUGCUGAAGAGAUCUUUGCUCUGUUUGAAAGAACGAUAUCAGAGUACGAGGAGAAACUGUCUCGAUCAAAAGAGGAACACGAGAGAGACCGGAAACUACUGGACGCUGUUUUACAUUCUCAGAUCCGGAGGACAGACGUCCAACUGGUGGAGGUUAAAGAAGAGUUUCCCCCUGAGACCCCCCCACACAUUAAAGAGGAACAGGAGGAACUCUGGAUCAGUCAGGAGGGAGAGAAGCUUCAAGGGCUGGAGGAGGAUGAUAACAGCAAGUCAACAUUCACUCCUGUCCCUGUGAAGAGUGAAGAUGAUGAAGAGAAACCUCAGUCCUCUCAGCUUCAUCAGAGACAAACAGAAGCUGAUGGAGAGGACUGUGGAGGACCAGAACCAGCCAAGAACUCCGAUCCAGAGACACGUUUACAACCAGAGACUGAGGACAACCCUGGAGACUCUUCUGAACCUGACACUGAAGACAGUGCCAGUUGGAAGGAGACCAGAGACCCUCCCUCAGGUUCAAACUCUCGAGUCCCCGUCAGUGAUUCAAGGCGUAGUUCUGCAAAGAAACGCUGUAAAUGCUCUCAGUGCGGGAACACAUUUAGCAAAAAGAGUGAUCUGAAUCGACACAUGCUAAUUCACACAGGAGAGAAACCCUUCAGCUGCUCACUGUGCAGUAAAAUGUUUAUUCGCAGAUGUCAUGUGACGAGACACAUGCUAGUUCACACCGGAGAGAAACCCUUCAGCUGCUCACUGUGCAGUAAAAGGUUUAUUCGCAGGAGUCAUCUGACGAGACACAUGGAUGUUCACACCGGAGAGAAACCAUUCAGCUGCUCUCUGUGUAGCAACAGAUAUACACAGAGGGGGGAAUUAAACCUUCACAUGCAGGUUCACACCGGAGAGAAACCCCUCGGCUGCUGACUGAGAAGUGGAAGAUAUUUACGCAGAUGUAGUCUGAACACUUGCAAGUCCACACUGAGGAGAAACCUUUCAGCUCCUCAGAUUGUGAGAAAUCUUUUAGACGAAGUGAAAGUUCAAAGAUUCACAUGAGAGUUGGAGGAGAAACGAUGUGGCUGCCGUGUUGGUGAGCAAGGAUUCUCUUGGAUUUAUGAACUCAGAAACCAUCAAUGUGUCGUCAAAAUGCCAAACGGUAAAUAACGUCUAACUUUACUGAAUACAAAGGAUAUCUGGAGAGUAUGACAUGUAUUUGUUACGAUAACACUGACAACAUGACAUUUCUCAAUCGCGAGUACGCUUGCUUCGUAGCACAUGUCUGCCGAGCAUCUUGCUUCAGAAGCGAGUCAAGAAU